CACGCAUCAACAUGGACGAAUGAAGAGCGUCAAAACAAACUCACAAGCAACCAUACAUAAUGUAUGGGAAAGCAAACACAUAUAUGUACUGUAGUAGUAACGCAAACGAUGCAUUUGACUACAGUGUGUUGAUGCUGAGUAGGCAGGAGCCAGUGAACAAUGUGAGUACAGAAGCUUGAUAAAGUCUGCAAAAUCUUCACGUGCGUCGCGUGUGUUGUCAAAUAACGCUACAGUAUUUUGUUGAACAAUGUGACAACACUUAAUGGAGACUCGUUUGCAGAUCCCUCACACACAGGGUCCACUCUGUUAAAUGGCAGUGUGGUGGCUGUCAGCUGGGCAGUUGUAAAGAGAAGAGCAUUGAGUACUAUGUGUACACAUUCCAGUACCAGAGAAGGCCCGGACACUGACUGUCUGCUUCCAAGUUAAACACUUACAAAACUCAAGACAAAAAUAAAAGGGACCAUCAUCUCAUCCUACAAGUAGGGUCAAAAUUUAUAUCCAACCACUAUAAUGGGCUGUCAGCUCUUACUUUUAGCGUCCAUUUGAAUCCAUCAUUGAUGUCCAUGGGGUAAGAGAGAUGCCAUCACAAACACCCACCACAAACUGUUCAGGGGAACGGUCUCCUCCAGUGGACCCUGAAUCAGCAAGCACCUCAACAGGAAAUAAGACAAUUCCUGCGUCAACUACCAGUGAUCCCACUGACCAUUUAGAAGUCAUAGAAGAAGCUGUUUCCGACACGUUAACCGUGGAAAGCAGUAAAUCUGACAGGCCCAGGUUUGGUGCCGGUGUUCAGGCUAAAGAGAAACUGAAGUUUAUUCUAGGAGCUUCUGAAGAUUAUUCCUCUGAUGAUGAGCCUUUGGUUAUGGGCCAGGUCACCAAACCUCAUCCCGAAAGCACAGAGGCACCUAACGCAGUACCUACCAUGUCAUCAGAAGUGCUGUCACCCCCGAUUCCGUCGACCUGUUUGAGGCCUAGCAUGUCAGGCCCCCAUCUGCUGAAAAAGGGCAAAGAACACAGGAAAAUGGACGUGCAUAGAGAUUUCACCGUCGCCUCACCAGCUGAGUUUGUCACUCGCUUUGGAGGAAACCGCAUUAUAGAUAAGGUGCUGAUUGCUAAUAAUGGCAUUGCUGCAGUUAAAUGUAUGCGUUCAAUUCGGCGCUGGUCGUAUGAAAUGUUCCGUAAUGAGAGAACCAUUCGCUUUGUGGUGAUGGUCACACCUGAAGACUUGAAAGCCAAUGCAGAAUACAUUAAAAUGGCUGAUCACUAUGUGCCAGUCCCUGGGGGCCCAAAUAACAACAACUAUGCCAAUGUUGAGAUGAUCGUGGAUAUUGCCAAAAGAAUUCCAGUGCAGGCCGUUUGGGCUGGAUGGGGCCAUGCUUCUGAGAACCCCAAACUACCAGAGCUCCUCCAUAAAUCAGGGAUAUGUUUCUUAGGGCCUUCCAGUAAAGCCAUGUGGGCAUUAGGAGAUAAGGUGGCAUCUUCCAUCGUAGCUCAGAGCGCAGAGAUCCCCACACUGCCCUGGAGUGGAACAGGUCUGAGGGUUGAGUGGGCAGAAGAAGAUCAGAGACAUGGUUGUGUGAUCAGUGUUCCUCCUGAACUUUAUGUGCAGGGUUGUGUUAAAGAUGUGGACGAGGGACUAGCGAGUGCAGAAAAGAUUGGCUACCCUGUGGUAAUCAAAGCAUCAGAAGGAGGGGGAGGGAAAGGCAUCCGAAAAGUGGACAGUUCCGAAGACUUUCCCAGCUUUUUCAGACAGGUGCAGACUGAAGUGCCAGGUUCACCCAUUUUCAUCAUGCAACUAGCCGAACAUGCGCGCCACCUGGAGGUGCAGAUCCUGGCUGAUCAGUAUGGUAAUGCCAUCUCUCUGUUCGGCAGAGACUGUUCCAUCCAGCGCCGCCACCAGAAGAUCAUAGAAGAAGCUCCUGCUACCAUUGCCUCCACCACCACUUUUGAGCACAUGGAGCGGUAUGCAGUGCGUCUGGCUAAAAUGGUGGGCUAUGUGAGUGCUGGUACAGUCGAGUAUCUGUUUUCCGAAGAUGGAAGUUUCCACUUCCUGGAGCUGAAUCCACGGCUACAGGUGGAACACCCCUGCACUGAGAUGAUUGCUGACGUCAACCUUCCUGCUGCACAGCUACAGAUAGCAAUGGGGAUCCCUCUUUACAGAAUUAAGGAUAUCCGUUUGCUUUAUGGUGAAGCUCCGUGGGGAGACACACCUAUCAACUUUGAAUCUCCAGAAUGCAUCCCCUGUCCACGGGGACAUGUCAUAGCUGCACGCAUCACCAGUGAGAACCCAGAUGAGGGCUUUAAACCAAGUUCAGGUACCGUUCAGGAGUUGAACUUCCGCAGCAGUAAGAACGUAUGGGGCUACUUCAGUGUAGGAGCAACCGGAGGUUUACAUGAGUUUGCAGACUCUCAGUUUGGACAUUGUUUCUCCUGGGGCGAAAACCGAGAGGAGGCCAUCUCGAACAUGGUGGUAGCCAUGAAGGAGCUGUCAAUCAGAGGAGAUUUCAGGACCACAGUGGAAUACCUCAUUAAACUACUGGAGACGGAGAGUUUCAGGAACAAUGACAUUGAUACUGGCUGGCUGGACCACCUAAUUGCUGAAAAAGUGCAGGCUGAGAGGCCAGACACCAUGUUAGGGGUGGUAUGUGGUGCUCUACAUGUUGCUGAUGCAAGUUUCAGAAAGAGCAUGUCUGACUUCCUGCAUUCACUGGAGAGGGGCCAGGUGUUGCCUGCUGCUAGUUUGGUCAACACAUUCAAUGCUGAUCUGAUUUAUGAUGGAGUCAAAUACUGCCUGAAGGUGGCACGGCAGUCACCCACCACGUAUGUUAUCAUAAUGAAUGAUUCAGAUAUUGAAGUUGAUGUCCAUAGACUCAGUGAUGGUGGUCUGCUACUUUCCUAUGGUGGCAGCAGCUACACAACCUACAUGAAGGAGGAGAUCGACAGCUAUCGCAUCACAGUGGGUAACAAAACGUGUGUGUUUGAGAAGGAGCGAGAUCCAACAGUACUCAGGUCACCCUCUGCUGGAAAGCUGUUGCAGUAUGUGGUCUCUGAUGGUUCUCAUGUUUUGGCCUCUCAGCCUUAUGCUGAAAUUGAGGUUAUGAAGAUGGUGAUGACCCUGCAUGUCCAGCAUUCUGGUUGCAUUCACUUUUUAAAAAGACCAGGAACCGUAUUAGAGCCCGGCUGUGUAGUGGCGCGAAUGGACCUGGAUGACCCCAGCUGUAUUCAUCCGGUAAAGCCGAACACUGAGGCAUUACCAUCUCAGGAGCCUUUGCCCAUUGUAGGGGAGAGGCUUCAUCAGGUCUUCCACAAUGUUCUGGAGAACCUGGUGAAAAUUAUGGAUGGAUACUGUCUGCCGGAGCCAUACUUCAGUCAAAAACUGAAGAAGUGGGUCGACACGCUGAUGAAGACACUUCGGGACCCGUCUCUGCCUCUUCUUGAACUGCAGGAGAUUAUGACCAGCGUUGCAGGGCGUAUACCAGUUACUGUGGAGAAAGCAAUUCGAAAGGUCAUGGCACAGUAUGCCAGUAACAUUACCUCUGUGCUCUGUCAGUUCCCCAGCCAAAGGAUAGCAAAUAUACUUGACAGCCAUGCUGCUACGCUUCAGAGGAAAGCAGACCGAGAGGUUUUCUUCAUGAACACUCAAAGCAUUGUGCAACUAGUGCAAAGGUACCGUAGUGGAGUUAGAGGCUAUAUGAAAUCAGUUGUGCUGGAUCUGUUGAGACGGUACAUUCAGGUGGAGAUGCAAUUUCAGCAAGCUCACUAUGACAAAUGUGUCAUCAAUCUCAGAGAGCAGUAUAAGCCUGACAUGACUCCAGUACUGGAGUGCAUCUUCUCCCAUGCUCAGGUCUCCCAGAAGAACAUUCUAGUCACCAUGCUCAUAGACCAGCUGUGUGGCCGUGACCCGAUGCUGGCUGAUGAGCUCAUGGUCAUUCUUAAUGAGCUUACAGAACUCAGUAAAAUGGAAAACUCUAAAGUGGCACUUCGGGCCAGACAGGUGUUGAUCGCCUCUCAUUUGCCCUCAUAUGAACUCAGACAUAACCAGGUGGAAUCCAUCUUUUUGUCAGCUAUUGAUAUGUAUGGGCAUCAGUUCUGUCCUGAGAACCUCAAGAAACUCAUCCUUUCUGAGACCUCCAUCUUUGACGUCUUGCCCAGUUUCUUCUACCACAACAACCGUGUGGUUUGUAUGGCUGCCUUAGAGGUAUACGUACGGAGGGGAUAUAUUGCUUAUGAGCUAAACAGCCUUCAGCAUCAUCAACUGCAGGAUGGAACAUGUGCAGUAGAUUUCCAGUUCAUGUUACCAUCAUCCCACCCAAACAGAGAGCCUAACGCCUCAGCGAGCCAGUCCAUGCUCAAGCCCACAGGGAGCAGUCCUACUUUGAACAGAUUAUCUGUUCCUGUGAAUGAUUCGGGAGAGUUUCAAACAAUGCGUCGUCAAGGCAGUGAGCUCUUCCUGGAGGGGGCGCUAUCGCCCCCAUGUCAGAGGAUGGGAGCCAUGGUCGCCUUCCAUAGUUUUGACCACUUCAAAAGGUGUUUUGAUGAAGUGAUCUUUCGCUUUGCGGAUCCGCUGUGUGAGAGUUCUCUGUUCUCUGACGGCUGUUCCACCUUCUGUGAUGGGGAGAGCUGCAAGAACAUGAAGGAAAACCCCAUACACAUCAUAAAUGUGUCUAUCAAACAAGCAGACACUGAAGAUGAUGAUGCUUUAGUCACAGCUUUCACUGCCUUUGCUCACUCUAAAAAAGCUCUGCUCUAUGAAUAUGGAAUCAGAAGAGUAACAUUUUUAGUUGCACAAAAGCGGGAGUUCCCAAAGUACUUCACGUUUAGGGCCAGAGAUGAAUUCCAUGAAGACAGAAUCUACCGUAACCUGGAGCCUGCUCUGGCCUUCCAGCUUGAGCUGAAUCGUAUGCGAAACUUUGAUCUGACGGCCGUUCCCUGUGCCCAUCACAGGAUGCAACUCUACUUGGGUGCUGCUCGCGUGGAAGAGGGGGCAGAAGUCACAGAUUAUCGCUUCUUUAUCAGAGCCAUCAUUCGCCAUUCUGACCUCAUCACAAAGGAGGCCUCAUUUGAGUACCUGCAGAAUGAGGGAGAGAGGCUGUUGCUGGAGGCGAUGGAUGAGCUGGAGGUGGCCUUCAGUAACACACCCACCCGUACUGACUGCAAUCACAUCUUCCUCAAUUUUGUACCCACUGUUAUUAUGGACCCUUCAAAGAUAGAGGAGUCUGUCCGUUCCAUGGUGAUGCGGUACGGUAGUCGUCUGUGGAAGUUGCGUGUUCUCCAGGCUGAGCUGAAGAUCAACAUCCGCCUCACCACCACCGGAGAUGUCAUUCCCAUCCGCCUCUUCCUCACCAAUGAGUCCGGCUACUAUCUGGACAUCAGCCUAUACAAGGAGGUCACUGACCUCGCCACUGGACAGAUAAUGUUCCAGUCGUUCGGAGACAAACAAGGUCCACUUCACGGCAUGCUAAUCAACACACCAUAUGUCACAAAAGAUUUGCUGCAGGCUAAACGCUUCCAGGCUCAGAGCCUUGGCACCACGUACGUCUAUGACUUCCCUGAGAUGUUCAGACAGGCUUUGUUUAAGCUUUGGGGACCAGGAGACAGCUACCCUAAAGACGUGUUAAUGUGUAAUGAACUGGUCCUGGAUUCUCAGGGGAGACUUGUGCAGAUGAACAGACUACCAGGAGACAAUGAGGUUGGCAUGGUGGCUUUCCGGAUGAAGAUGAAGACUCCAGAGUACCCAGAGGGCCGAGAUAUUAUUGUGAUCUGUAAUGAUAUUACCUAUAUGAUUGGCUCUUUUGGGCCCCAAGAGGAUCAGCUCUUUUUACGGGCAUCUGAGUUAGCCAGAGCAGAGGGGAUUCCACGCAUCUACAUCUCAGCCAAUAGUGGAGCUCGAAUCGGCCUGGCAGAGGAGAUCCGCCACAUGUUUCAGGUGGCUUGGAUCGACCCUGAUGACCCUUAUAAGGGUUUUAAGUACCUGUAUCUGACUCCUCAGGAUUACACCCGCAUCAGUUCCUCUAAUUCUGUCCACUGUCACCAUGUAGAGGAGGGAGGCGAGUCCAGGUACAUCAUCACAGACAUCAUAGGGAAGGAAGAGGGUCUGGGAGUGGAGAAUCUGAGGGGUUCAGGCACCAUAGCUGGAGAAACUUCCCAGGCUUAUAAGGAAGUCAUCACCAUCAGCAUGGUCACAUGUCGUGCCAUAGGAAUUGGUGCGUAUCUUGUACGUCUAGGACAAAGAGUAAUUCAAGUGGAAAACUCCCAUAUCAUCCUGACUGGGGCUGGGGCACUAAACAAGGUGCUGGGUCGUGAAGUCUACACCUCCAAUAACCAGCUGGGAGGGGUUCAGAUCAUGCACAACAAUGGAGUGACGCACACCAUCGUGCCAGAUGACUUUGAAGGGGUGCUCACUAUACUACAGUGGCUUUCAUACAUGCCAAAGAGCAAUCGAAGUCCGGUCCCUAUCAUGCCUCCCACUGAUCCAGUGGAGAGAGAGAUUGAUUUUGUUCCCACAAAAGCCCCCUAUGACCCUCGUUGGCUGCUUUGUGGACGACCCCAUCCCACUGUGAAAGGAGCAUGGCAGAGUGGAUUCUUUGACCAUGGUACGUUUAUGGAGGUGAUGGCUACCUGGGCACAGACAGUGGUGGUAGGCCGAGCCAGGCUUGGUGGGAUUCCUCUUGGGGUCAUUGCCGUGGAGACCCGCACAGUUGAGGUUGCCAUUCCAGCAGAUCCAGCUAACUUGGACUCAGAGGCCAAGAUCCUUCAGCAGGCCGGUCAAGUGUGGUUCCCAGAUUCUGCGUAUAAAACUGCACAGGCUAUUGAGGAUUUCAACAGGGAGAAACUUCCACUUAUGGUGUUUGCCAAUUGGAGAGGCUUCUCUGGAGGCAUGAAAGAUAUGUAUGACCAGGUGCUUAAGUUUGGUUCUUACAUCGUGGAUGCCCUGCGAGAGUUCAGCCAGCCUGUACUGGUCUACAUCCCUCCUCAUGCUGAGCUGAGAGGAGGAUCAUGGGUCGUUAUCGACCCCACUAUAAACCUUCAACACAUGGAGCUCUAUGCAGAUCGAGAGAGCAGAGGUGGUGUUCUGGAGGCUGAGGGAACUGUGGAGAUAAAGUUCAGAAAGAAAGACCUGCUAAAGACAAUGCAAAGGACUGAUUCUGUGUAUUCUAACCUGGCUGAGCAGCUAGGCAAGGCGGAGUUAUCAAGCCAGGAGCGUAAAGACUUGGAGGCCAAACUGAAGUCUAGAGAGGAGUUCCUUCUUCCCAUCUACCACCAGGUGGCAGUGCAGUUUGUGGACCUUCAUGACACUCCUGGAAGGAUGCAGGAAAAGGGUGUCAUCAUGGACAUCCUGGACUGGAAAAACGCGAGGUCAUUCUUUUACUGGCGUUUGCGGCGACUGCUGUUGGAGGAGGUGGUGAAGGGGGAGAUCAUACAGGCCAACCAAGACCUGAGCAAUGGACACGUACAGUCCAUGUUGCGCCGCUGGUUUGUGGAGACAGAGGGGGCUGUAAAAGCAUAUCUAUGGGACAAUAACAAAGUGGUGGUAGAGUGGCUGGAAAACCAUCUGUCACAGCAGGAUGGAACACGUUCUGUCAUCAGAGAGAACACCAAAUACUUAAAGAGGGACUACGCUCUCAAACACAUCCGCAGCUUAGUCCAAGACAACCCAGAGGUGACUAUGGACUGCAUCAUCCACAUGGCACAGAACAUCACUCCCUCACAGAGAGCCAAAGUCUGUCACCUGCUGGCAACCAUGGACAACACCACUACCAGCUGAUCACAUAUAUCUACACAUAGAGAGGACAUGUCUUUUGAGAGUCUGUUGUAUAAUUUAAAUAAUAAUGCUUACGAACUUUUUAUAUAUAUAUAUAUAUAUAUAUAUAAGUUUUUGGAUCAAAUUAUUGGUCAGUAGCUUUAAACGCACAAUUUCAAAUGUCCAGCAAUCACAUAGUCCAUUACUCAGUUACUGUUUGUGUGUGACUCACAUUGAUCACGUUAGGAGAAACAUUUCUCACAUGGGCGUCAUAGUAUUACCUUAAACUCACUCUCGAGAGGGAAACCAAUAUAGAGUAUUUAUAUAUUCACGUUUGUGCCUUUGUGUCAAUUUUGUGGGUAUAAUCGACAUAUGAAUGUACAAUAAGCGGAAAAGACUGAAUAUUACAUUAUUUUAUGGAAUAUCUAAUGUUUUGAGCGCACAUUCACGCUGUAUGGCACUUCCUCAGGAAUAUAUGAAACGAUUAUUAAGCAGAAAAAAAGUAUUAAAUCUCUAUUAUUAGAGUAAAGUAACAGUAUUAUACAUAGAUAUACUAUAAAUAGAAUCACUGUAAAUACCAGGGUAAUUCUUCAUAAUAACUUUUAUUUCUAAUAACAUACAGUUGUUAUCAACAAACAUGGCUAAACAAUAUAUACUGUAGUGCUUAGUGAAUUGUUAAUGUACAUUCAAAUUGUUAGAAAUGUCAUUAAACUUCGAUUCAUAUUGAAUGUACAUUAAUCUGCUAAGUGUUAUAUGUGAGAACAUAUUAAUGAAAGUUAUUAUAAAGCAUUAUCAAUCUAAGUGCCACUUUAUAAUUUAAUGUCUUGAAUUUUGGUUGUUUGUAUAGUUUAUUUCACUCGACUGCAGGUUAUUCUUCUGUUCAUAUGAAUGCAGGUGCAGGUUGUAUGAAUGGAUAAAUAUGUGUACCUUCUAGUGCUGUACUGUACUCAACUGAUUAUUCUGAUUAAAGAAGUCUUCUUGAUCAGAUUUGUUGCCUUUAAUCGAUUUUGUGUGCUUUUAAAACAUACAAGUCAGAUUAAGACUAGAGUCUAAACUCUAAGCUAAGUGCCUGACUGUCUUUGUUGACUGUAUAUCAGAAUGUUUUUAAAUGAAAUUCAUAAAUUAUGCAUUAAAUAAUGUAUGUUUUCA